AUGACAUUGUCGAGGAAGGAAGUCCGGCCAUGGCAGACGAGACACCUUCUAGACCGCGGCAUGCUCCCUGUGAGUCUGGACUAUCGGCUUUGUCCGGAGAUCAACCUCGUCGACGGCGCCAUGACCGAUCUCCGCGACGCAAUAGCCUGGGCUCGAAGUGAGUUGCCAACAGUAGCGAAAUCAGCCGGCGUGCUCGUAGAUCCAUAUAGAAUCGUGUUGGUGGGAUGGUCGACGGGGGCGACACUGGCUAUGUCCCUGGCGUGGACCACUCUGGCGGCAGGCAUCGAGCCUCCGAAUGCUAUUUUGGCGUUUUACGGACCGUCUGACUACGAGGCAAAAGUAUGGCAGGAACCACGCUCUGGCGGAUACCCACUACCGACCUUGACAAUGUCCGACAUCCAGUCGCAUCUUUUCGCAAACCCGGUAUCAUACUACAUCCCCCCAAGCAAGGAUGCCGGCCUCGGAGGCCUUGUUUCCGGCGAUCCACGCAGCGAGCUCGUCUUUGCGACCUUCCACAGCAGAAAAAUGGCCCAGAUCCUGCUCCAGGGUUUUACAAGCAGUGACAGGAACGACGAAGACACCGACUCACAUCCCAGCCCCUCUCAGAUAACGGAGAUUUCGCCUCUGGCUCAGAUCCGCGCAGGCAACUAUCGCGUGCCGACUUUCAUCUUGCACGGGACGGAAGACGACGUGGUACCUGUAUCGCAGAGUGUGGAAUGUGAGGGCGCAUUGCGGGCGCAGGGCGUACCGAGUGGGAUUCUGACUCUGAAGGGGAAGCAGCAUCUUUUUGAUUUGUUUUUGAAGCCCGGGACGGAGGAGUGGGAGAGGUGUGUUCUGCCCGGGUAUGACUUCCUUGCCAAGUGGGUAUGA